AUUUUGGACUGCUGUUUGAGUUGCUCAAUGUAAGGACAGUGCGUAUGUCUAAUUGCUGUGUAGCGCACACAUAAUCAUUCGGGAUCCAUUAUCUUCAAUAGAAGUUUGACAAAACAAAACGCCAAGAUGUCUGCAUAUGAUGAAGAAGACUCUAAGUUUAUGCGAAAGGCGAAGGAGAAUCCUUUUGUCCCAAUAGGAAUGGCAGGAUUCUUCUCCAUCGUGGGCUACAGACUUUACAAGUUGAAGAGCCGUGGAGACAUGAAGAUGUCAGUGCACCUUAUCCACAUGCGUGUUAUGGCCCAAGGAUUCGUGGUGGGAGCUAUGACCAUUGGCGUAAUUUAUUCCAUGUACAAAGACUACAUUGUGAAGCCAAGAGAAGAACUGAAGGCAUUGCAACAGCAGACUGCAUUUCAACACAAAUAACCCGAUAAAUGAAUAUGGACUCUUUUGGACUGA